GUAACAGUCAGCAUCUGGUGUGGCCACCAGCUGCAUUAGGUACUGCAGUGCAUCUCCUAAUGGACUGCACCAGAUUUGCCAAUUCUUGCUGUGAGAUAUUACCCCACUCUUCCACCAAGGCACCUGCAGGUUCCCGGACAUUUCUGGGGGGAAUGGCCCUAGCGCUCACCCUCCAAUCCAACAGAUCCCAGAUGUGCUCAAUGGUAUUGAGAUCCGGGCUCUUCGCUGGCCAUGGCAGAACACUGACAUUCCUGUCUUGCAGGAAAUCACGCACAGACCGAGCAGUAUGGCUGGUGGCAUUGUCAUGCUGGAGGGUCAUGUCAGGAUGAGCCUGCAGGAAGGGUACCACAUGAGGGAGAAGGAUGUCUUCCUGUAACGCACAGCAGAGUGAAUUCAAAGGGCAUAGUCUUUUACAGUACGACAGAAAAGCACACCGAAGAUCACUCUCCCUCAAUAUUAUUCAAGUAAUUAGACCACGUUUAAAAUCAUAUUCAGUAUCUCCAGCACCUUACCUACCAUACCUACAGUUUGUGAAAACUUAUUUUUGGUCGACUAUCAAUUUCUCUAAAAUAUUUAGCAGUUUGAUGCAUAUAGGGGCUUAGAACUAAUUGAGAAAAUGCUGAUUGACUAAUGGCCAACAAGCUAUGACAACCAUGCUUGUAAACAAAUUAUAGUGUUCAAAAACCAUAUUAAUUAGUAGGUGACGUGACAAGUCAGCAUGUGAGAGAAGUCUGAGUCUUACAAGUUUCCCACUAGUAAUGGCAUAAGUGUAUAAAGAUGGCAGAGUACAGAUGUGACUUUUUUUGCAGUAUCGAGAGUUUUUAAACUAUGGGGCGCAACAUAAUUCAAACGCACCAAUUAAUCAGCACAAUCUACUAUCUAGUUUUUUCAAAUUGCUGGUGUUUUGUGAGCUAGAAUUGGAUCAUGGACACCGUGUUAAUGCUGACACAAAAACAUAACGUAGAGCCAUCUAUAAUAUGGCUAACUUAGCAAACUAAGCAUUUGUGAUAAGUGCAUCUUUAUGCAUGCCUGCUAUUGCGAGUUGGAGGGACGUUCAAUUGGAUUUUCAAAGUAGUAUGAGGUAAAUACCACCUUCCCACUUGGUUAUGAAUGCAGCAAAAGACUACCUAUCUACACCGUUUUUAUCCAAUCUAUGCUGUGGCUGAAGUCAGAAAAAUAGCAAAUUGGCCAUCAAUUGUAACCAUUGACUAAGGAUAUCAGACCAAAACAGGAGCGGAAUGUUUGAAGUGUAACGCCCCAUAAUAGUAUUUACUUUUUAAAUGUUUUUUUCCAGGGCCACCCAGUUGGUGGCGGCAAUACAAUGCAAAUUGUGGAACGCCAUAAAAUCUCAGCGAAUAAGAAGCAGAGUGACAUCAUUUCCGCAAACAUUUAAAUGUCCUUACAUUGCUGGUAUUACCUGUCGAAAUCACUGAUGUGUAAUAAGAACCGUACAUAUUUUUGGGAGAUUCAUACAUUUUUUAUUAAUAACUGUUAGCUUGCAGCAAUAUUGAUUAACGAGGCUUUUCAGAGACAAUUAUCUACCAUUGUCGUGGUAUUAGUUGCAGCGGCAGUUGCGGAGAUGUGCAGACUCCUCGAUGAGUGCUCUGCUAUUGGUAUGCCUCUAAAGUUGGUCCAGCAGAAUGAGGAAAGUAUUUUGCUGAAGAGUAGGCUUCAACGUGUGAACAAAACCAAGACCAGACAAUUCUCAUCAUUCAUGAAGAUGUUGGGUAAAACAUCAUUGGAAGAAAUGGCCAUGUUAAUGAAGGUAAUCAUGGUCGAAAGGGAGAGGGCUGGCAUGAGCGCCCAGAGGCGUGUCAGUCGGGCAAGGGGGACAGAGGAAGGAGCACCAGGAGGAGACAGUCUUCAUUUCCACAACUACUGCACUGACACUGUCUCUGAGAGUGCUCACCAAGAGGAGGAUGACUUUAACCCCCAGACCUCACCUGCUUCAGAGACACAAGACAACCAGAGAAACAUGGAGCCAAACUCGGGCAGGAAUGGAGAAGAUGCCCAGUGUGGAGGGGAACCUACUGGAGACUUCAAUGCACAACACAUCAGCUGUACCUGACCAGUCGAAAGAACCUUUCCAAGCCAAACCGCUACGCAAUGGGGUGGCCUAGUGGUUAGAGCGUUGGACUAGUAACCGAAAGGUUGCAAGAUCAAAUCCCAGAGCUGACAAGGUAAACAACUACAAUCAUGCAGUAAAGUUAGUGUACAUUCAGUAAGCAGUUACACCAGCAGGCCACGGUGGCAAUAACUUAGUAAAACCAAAAGCUUACGUUGGAAGAGUUCCUGUGUACACCUGUUUACACUGUGUUGUAAUAGCCUAGCUACAAUAGCAUCCCUCUUUCAGCAGGGUGUGUCGGUAGGCUAUACUAGCUAGCUGCAUUUGCUAGCUACGAAAGUGGAAAAAAAAUACUUUCUCUCUUGCUUCUCCUUCGGAAGAAAUUAAUUUGUUAAACUGUUAAACUAUUUUCUACAACUCAACACAUUUAAUGCAGUUCUAGCUAGCUGUAGCUUAUGCUUUCAGUACUAUAUUCAUUCUCUGAUCCUUUGAUUGGGUGGACAUGUCAGUUCAUGCUGCAAGAGCUCUGAUAGGUUGGAGGACGUCCUCUGGAAGUUGUCAUAAUUACUGUAAGUUUAUGGAAGGGAAUGAGAACCAUUAGCCUACUAGGAUUUGUACUCUGAGGAGGAUGGAAGCUAGCUGUCCUCUGGCUACCCAAUGGUUCUACCCUACAGAGUGCUGUUGAGGCUAAUGUAGACAUUAUUUGACAUUAAUUACUUUAUAUUUAGUAUUGGUUUUAUCUAAGAAGGCUAACUUUUUAAAUAUGUUUUAAAAUGUACAUUUGUAUGAAAUUCACUGGGGAUAUGUCUCCUCUUCCUCCUCUAAGGUGCCUCCACUGUUCAAGACUGGCCUUUUCAAGGCUCUCUUGAGUCCUAAUGGUAUUAUUUUCUGAAGUUUUGGGGGUAUGAUGAAAAUGAUAAGAUCAACACCUGGUUAAAUGAAGGGAUAUAUUUCUUAUUUUUCGUUUGAAACAAAUACACAGAAGAAAGUUAAAUACCUUUUGGUAUUUAAGUGUUGAUCCCAUAUUUCAAUGGCAGAAAUAAAAGAUCCUAGACAUUUUCCAUACGCACAAAAAUGUUAUUUCUCUGUGCGCAAAUUUGUUUACAUCUCUGUUGGUGAGCUUUUCUCCUUUGUUAAGAUAAUCCAUCUACCUGACAGGUGUAGAAAAUAGAAACCCACUCAGCCUGGAAGACUGGGCUGACUGUCAGGCAUCCUUCAAGGCUUAAAUACCCCACGAGGGCUUAGUUGAACCACGAGGUCUUAGCUCAAGGUAAGGGACAUUUAGCUUGCUAACGUUCUAAUUUAUAAAUGACAAUGAGCUCCAAACACAUGAAAGUAUGAUGUUAAAAGGAAGUGUUGCCAUCGAUUUUAAAAAAUGUGCUGAUCCACCAUGGGCUGUCGCUUAAGUUAUACUGUCAAUCUAUCAUCAAUAGAUCCAGUCAUAUUUAAAAUUUCUUGUGAUCUCGACAAAACUUUUAUGUAGAGGUCAUGAUCAUUUAGCGGUCAUGAUCUCUACAUAACUAGGGAAUAUCUCUGGACUUCUGUACUGUAGCCUAUUUCACUUCCUCAAAACCCCAGAAUGAAUCUAAGAUAACUCAAUAAAUCUGCAAUGAAUUUUGACGUUUUUUUUUCCUGUGGAUGUUUUAGUUGUGCAAUUUAACAUCUAGUGAAGGUGUUUGUUGCAGUAUUUCUUAAUACAUGUUGCACAUUUUUGUACUUAUGUUAACAAAGUCAGAGCUGCUGGGCAGGUCUGUCUCACUGUCUAUGCUAUUGGAUAGAGGGCAAUCACCGCAACGGUACACACAAUGUUAGUGGGUAAAUGGACAUUGUCAAAUCAAAACCCAACCUUAUUUUACCCGUUGGGACGCACGGAUGUUCCAAAAUCUGUUUUAGACGAGACUCACUUUAUGACCAAAAUUAUCCUAUUUGCUCGUAGUACAUUUUGACUCUCGAAUAACUGUUUCUGACUCAUAUGGAUGCCACACAGGCCGUUCCAAAUGUAUAUGUAGAUUUUUUUUAAAU